UUGGCGUGGCCCGGCCUAAACAUGGCGGAGCUCAGCAGAUUUGCGGAAAUCAUAUUGUUUGCCGUGUUUUUUUGUCCUCAAGUGUUAGCUCAGACGACCUUGGGCCCUCAGGCAGUCGAUUACAGCAAUGCCGGCAUCAUCACGGCAUGUGUCGUCGGAGGUCUGCUCAUGCUGGUCGUGUCCAUCGCGUUAUUGGCACGGCUGUGCAAGCCGUGCGUUUCUAAAGAAAAGAAGCAAACGUACGAUGUGAGAGGAGACCAGUGGGACCAGGACGUCGGGGCGCCCCCCGAGCCGGGGUACCACGUCAACCGCGGGUACGAGCCGAACAGCAUCCCGACCAACGGCAACAUCCCGAUCCCACAAGCCGACUACGACAGGUCCAUCCCACGUGCGCACGUGCAGGCACCUAAUUACCAUACCACCAUCCCUCGCCAGGACACAUACAACGGUUACAUCCCUGAGGCUAGCCAUGCCCCUAUGGGAGCCCAGCCCAUGAUCGACAUCCCCGCCAUUGAGACAGAAGACCCGCGGGCCCGCUACGCCCCCGACCCGAUGGACCUGUACCGCUACGACCAGCCGCACCUCGGGCCGGACGUCAACGAGUCCGACGGCUGGGUGACUUACCAGUUCAACAAAGGACGUUAGAGAAAGGGCACGUUACUAACAAGCCCGGUACAUACUUAGCCUGGGUGUCAUCCUCCGUAGCUCCCUGUAAUAUUGUUGGCUAUCCGUGGUAGCCAGCGAUAUUAGCCGGCGGAAACUACGGAUGAUGACACCCAGGCUAGUACAUACUUGCCGUCUGCCAUAAAAUCAAAGAGAAAGGUUAUAGUGUUUUUAUCUAAUCAUUACACUGUUACAGUACUAGAUUUGUCUGAAAAGUUUUAGUUGUAAGCUAAUGUCUUGCCCCAAGGGCGUAUUCAAAAGGGUGUAUUCUAGGUCGAUUGAGUUUUAUUUGAUACUUUCUUUAAAUAUGUAUUUAAUCAGAUGAGUUUAAACAGUUAUCAUAAUAAAGUAUAGAAAAUCGUUUAAAAUCAAUGCUCCUUAUCAAAAUAAAACAGUUGUGUCCAAAUAGCAAUAUUAUUGACAUAACUUUUAUCUUUGUAUGCUAUCAUAUGUUACAAUGACGAGUGUUCUACCAUGACAAUUGAUAUUUUCCACUUUAAUGUAUGAACUUUGUGUUAGCGUCUUUGCACUUUGCACCAAUGUAUACAAACCUGUCAUGUAAAAAGUGUAAAAGCAAUAAAUUAGUUUUAGCGACUAACUCUCUUCUGAAGUAUCUUCAGUGCUCAUACGUCUUGUAUUUGUAAGAUGUAGAUAUACGAUGAAAUCCAAGUAUUAGUAUUCUGUGACUACAC